UAAGUCUCUUAGGAACUACCACCUCUAGACCGAUGCUUUUGAUCAUCACCGUUAUUCCUACUAAAUUCCUGUGACAUUGAGUAUACCUAUAAAAAUGCCUUAGAAAAAGAACCAUGGAGAAGUAUGCUAGAGUGCAAAAGAUCGGAGAAGGUUCAUUUGGGAAAGCCAUUCUUGUUGAAUCUACCGAGGAUGGCAGACAAUAUGUUAUCAAGGAAAUUAACAUCUCAGGAAUGUCCAGUAAAGAAAGGGAAGAAUCAAGGAGAGAAGUUGCCGUCUUGGCAAACAUGAAGCAUCCAAAUAUUGUCCAAUAUAGAGAAUCAUUUGAAGAAAAUGGCUCUCUCUACAUAGUGAUGGAUUACUGUGAAGGAGGAGAUCUGUUUAAGCGGAUAAAUGCUCAGAAAGGCAUUUUGUUUCAAGAAGAUCAGAUUUUGGACUGGUUUGUACAGAUAUGUUUGGCUCUGAAACAUGUACAUGAUAGAAAAAUUCUUCAUCGAGACAUAAAAUCACAGAACAUAUUUCUAACCAAAGAUGGAACAGUACAACUUGGGGAUUUUGGAAUUGCUAGAGUUCUCAAUAGUACUGUAGAGCUGGCUCGAACUUGCAUAGGAACUCCAUACUAUCUGUCACCUGAAAUCUGUGAAAACAAACCUUAUAAUAAUAAAAGUGACAUUUGGGCUCUAGGCUGUGUCCUUUAUGAGAUGUGUACACUUAAACAUGCAUUUGAAGCUGGCAAUAUGAAAAACCUGGUACUGAAGAUAAUAUCUGGAUCUUUCCCACCUGUGUCUUUGCAUUAUUCCUAUGAUCUCCGCAGUUUGCUCUCUCAGUUAUUUAAAAGAAAUCCUAGGGAUAGACCAUCAGUCAACUCCAUAUUGGAGAAAGGUUUUAUAGCCAAGCGCAUUGAAAAGUUUCUCUCACCUCAGCUUAUUGCAGAAGAAUUUUGUCUAAAAACAUUUUCAAAGUUUGGAGCACAGCCUAUAACAGCUAAAAGGCCAACUUCAGGACAAAGCUUGGUUUCUGUUAUGCCUGCUCAGAAAAUCACAAAGCCUGCUGCUAAAUAUGGAAUACCUUUAACAUAUAAGAAACAUGGAGAUAAAAAAUUACUUGAAAAGAAACCACUUCAAAAAUAUAAACAGGCCCAUCAAACUCCAGUGAAGAAAGUGAAUCCUGGAGAAGAAAGGAGGAAAAUGUUUGAGGAACAAGCAAGAAAGAGAAGAUUGGACUUUAUUGAAAAAGAGAAGAAGCAAAAGGAUCAGAUUAGUUUAAUGAAGGCUGAACAAAUGAAAAGACAAGAAAAGGAAAGGUUGGAGAGAAUAAAUAGGGCCAGGGAACAAGGAUGGAAAAAUGUGCUAAGUGCUGGUGGAAGCAGUGAAGUAAAGGCUUCCUUUUUUGGUAGUGGAGGGACUGUAGCUCCAUCAUCUUCUCGAGGACAGUAUGAACAUUACCAUGCCAUUUUUGAUCAAAUGCAGCAACAAAGAGCAGAAGAUAAUGAAGUGAAAUGGAAAGGAGAAAUACGUAGUCGUCCAGAAAGAGGAAUUCCACCUGGAGUUCGUCCAGGAUUUCCUAAAGGGGCUGCAGGUCAUCACCAUUUCCCUGAUGCUGAUGCUAUUAGAAAAACUUUGAAAAGAUUGAAGGCCGUGUCUAAACAAGCCAAUGCAAACAGGCAAAAAGGGCAGCUAGAUAUAGAAAGAGCUAAGCAAGUGGAAGAAUUUCUACAGCGAAAACGGGAAGCUAUGCAGAAUAAAGCCCGAGCUGAAGGACAUAUGGUUUAUCUGGCAAGACUGAGGCAAAUAAGACUACAGAAUUUCAAUGAGCGCCAGCAGAUUAAAGCCAGACUUCGUGGUGAAAAGAAAGAAACAGAUAAUUCCAAAGGACAAGAAGGAAGUGAGGAAGCUGAUUUGAGGCGCAAAAAAAUUGAAUCACUUAAGGCCCAAGCAAAUGCACGUGCUGCUGUACUAAAAGAACAACUAGAGAGAAAGAGAAAGGAAGCAUAUGAAAGAGAAAAGAAAGUGUGGGAAGAGCAUUUGGUGGCUAAAGGAAUAAAGAGUUCUGAUGUUUCUCCACCUUUGGGACAGCAUGAAACAGGUGGCUCUCCCUCAAAGCAUCAGAUGAAAUCAGUUAUUUCUGUGACUUCAGCUUUGAAAGAAGUGGGUAUGGACAUAAAUUUAACUGAUACCCAGGAAACUUCAGAAGAAAUGCAAAAGAACAACAAUGCUAUUUCAAGUAAACGAGAAAUACUACGUAGGUUGAAUGAAAAUCUUAAAGCUCAAGAAGAAGAUGAAAAAGGAAAGCAGCAUCAGUCUGAUAUUUGUGAGAUCAUUGUUCAUGAAGAUACCAAAGAGUGUGAAAAAGAAAAACCAGUUUCAUCUGAUCGCAAGAAGUGGGAGGUGGGAGGUCAACUUGUGAUUCCCCUGGAUGAAUUAACACUGGAUACAUCUUUCUCUGCAACUGAAAAGAUUUCUUCUGAAGGAGAAAAAUACACACCCUUAAUUAUUGGAGAAGAAACAAUACAAUGUGUUUCACAUGAAAUAAAUCCAUCAGCUUCUGUUGACUCUUCCAUCGAUACAAAAAGUCCUAAGUUUAGUGAGACAUCUCCACAGAUAUCAAUGAAACCAGAAGGAAAUAUAGAAGAACCUGAUUUGGAAACAGAAGUUCUACAAGAACCAAGUAGGCAAAACAAAGAUGGGAGCUUGUCUUGUAUUGUUACUGAUGUGUGGAUUAGUGAGGAAAAAGAGACAAAGGAAACUAAAUUGGAAGAUAGGGAAGCCAUUCAGCAAAAUGAAGUUUCUGAGGAUGGAAUCCUGAGAAAUGUGGACCACUUUAGUGAGAGUCAUACAGAACCUGGAAUAGAUGAUUCUCAGCACUCUAAUUGUGAUAUAGAUAAAUCUAUACAACCAGAACCAUUUUUCCAAAAAGUGGUUCAUUCUGAACAAUUGAAUUUAGUCUCUCAAGGUCAGUCAAUUCAGUGUUUACCAGAGGAAUCCAUUCCACUUCGCUCUCACUCUGAUUCACCACCAAGGAAUAAAAACAAGAAUUCUUUGCUGAUUGGACUUUCAACUGGUCUUUUUGAUGCAAACAAUCCAAAGAUGCUGAGGACAUGUUCACUGCCAGAUCUCUCAAAGCUGUUCAGCACCCUAAUGGAUGUUCCCACUGUAGGAGAUGUUCAUCAAGACAAUCUUGAGAUAGAUGAAAUUGAAGAUGAGCACGUUAAAGAAGGGCCUUCUGAUUCCGAAGACAUUGUGUUUGAAGAAACUGACACAGAUUUACAAGAACUUCAGGCCUCCAUGGAGCAGUUACUGAGGGAACAACCUGGUGAAGAAUACAGUGAGGAGGAAGAGUCCAUCUUAAAAAACAGUGACGUGGAGCAGACUGCAAAUGGGACAGAUCUGGCUGAUGACGAAAAUCCCAGCAGUGAAAGUGCACUGAACGAGGAAUGGCACUCAGAUAACAGUGAUGGUGAGACUACUAGUGAAUGUGAAUAUGAUAGUGUCUUUAACCAUUUAGAGGAACUGAGACUUCACCUGGAGCAAGAAAUGGGUUUUGAGAAGUUCUUUGAGGUUUAUGAGAAAAUAAAGGUUAUUCAUGAAGAUGAAGAUGAAAAUAUUGAAAUUUGUUCAACAAUAGUUCAGAAUAUUUUGGGAAAUGAACAUCAGCAUCUUUAUGCCAAGAUUCUUCAUUUAGUCAUGGCAGAUGGAGCCUAUCAAGAAGAUAAUGAUGAAUAAUCCUCAGGACAUUCUUUAAUCUUCAUGUGUAUGAAAGCAUUUGAAUUUGACUCAUCAGAAUAACAAGCUUCAGUGGGAAAUACAAAGAUUAUUUAUAAGAAAUACCAUAUUUAAGAUGGACAUGGUUUUUGCAUGAAAAAGAUGGAGAAACAUGCAAUUUUUCAGUUAAGAUUUUAACACUAUAUCUUUUGUUUUUUGAAUUCUGUAGUUGAAGUCUAUAGAAUAUAUACUUGAUUAAAUCAUCCAACCAAAGGACUGACCUAGAACUGGAGUUGGUGGUUUUGAAAAUUACCAUGCAAUAAGGAAUUUUGAUUUUCAGAAAAUUUCUUUAAGUUGAAAAAUUACCUAUGUCACUAAAGACUUACCUGAGGUUUUUUGUUUAAGUAUUUAAGCAUGACCUUUCUUUUGGUCUAAUGCUUGUUCAUCCUGACCAGCAAUUCUUCAUUAAGUAACCUUGUCAAGGGCUCUAUUUAAAUUUUGAAGUGGUAUUUUUAACCUUGAAGUUGAUAUUCUUAAGCCAUUUAUCAACCAUUGUGUCUCCUGAACUAGCUUAGUGGAAAUAGUCCUAGAAAUCAUUGAAAGACUUGAUUAUGAAAAAAGUAAAAUUAUAUUUCCUGAUAUUUAAGAAGCUGAUUAAUUACUUUUGUUUCUCUUUAAGGACUAGAACCAAGAAUAUUUUAUCUAAAAACAAGGUUGUGAAUUUUUAAAAUUGACCUAGCAUAUAUCAUAAGUUGCCCUUUGGUUUUUAACUUCUUCCAUGCAUAUGCUUCAAUAGCAAUAUGAGAUGAAAAAGGAGAAAGGAAUCUUUUUUUUCUUUUUUUGACAUUGUGACAGUUUUGGUAACUAGUAUGGGGAACUUUUUGCCUCUUAUUUCCAUCACAAGAGGAGUUAGGUCAUUAAGAUUAAGGUCACAUAGCUUCAAGAAUAAUAUGCCAAGUAUUACAUCAUUGUAUUAGUGAUGGAUACAGUCCAGAUGUUUUUAGUAAUAAAAGCAGAAUUUUUGAACCACUGAGUACAAAUCAGCCUGAUUGGCAUAAUCUAUAAUUCAAAACAUAAAAUCUUAUCUUGCAGCACUAUCAUAUUAUGUCAGAUUUAUUAUGUAUAUUAUUUCUAACAUCCAAAAAUAAACAGUUGAUUUUAUAUGUUUAUUUUAUAUUACUAUUAAAUUUUUAUUAUCUUCCUGAAGUAUACUGUUGAUUGUCUUUUAUCAGUACUAUUCUCAAUAAGAUGCUUUUACACAAA